CGGCCUGGCUGAGCACUGGCUCCUCGAGUCACGGCGCACGCGUUGGCCUUGCUGUGGCUGACACGAGACUCUGAAGCCCGCUCCAGGUUAAAAGAAAAAUGAAGUACAUUCUAGUUACUGGUGGUGUUAUAUCAGGAAUUGGAAAAGGAGUUAUCACCAGCAGUGUGGGCACAAUACUCAAGUCAUGCGGUUUACAUGUAACAUCAAUUAAAAUUGACCCCUAUAUUAACAUUGAUGCAGGAACAUUCACUCCUUAUGAACAUGGAGAAGUCUUAGUGCUGGAUAAUAGCGGAGAAGUUGACCUUGACUUGGGAAACUAUGAGCGGUUCCUUGAUAUCCGCCUCACCAAGGACAAUAACCUGACCACAGGGAAGAUACACCAGUACGUCAUUAACAAGGAGCACAAAGGAGAUUACAUAGAGAAAACUGUUCAGGUUGUCCCUCACAUCACAGAUGCAAUCCAAGAGUGGGCGAUGAGACAGGCGUUAAUACCUGUAGACGAAGAUGGCUUAGAACCUCAAGUGUGUGUUAUUGAGCUUGGUGGCACGCCCUUCAUUGAGGCCUUUCGCCAGUUCCAGGUCAAGGUCAAGAGGGAGAACUUUUGUAAUAUCCGUGUCAGUCUGGUUCCUCAGCCAAGUUCACCAGGGGAACAGAAGACAAACCCCACCCAGAACAGUGUUCGGGAGCUUAGAGGACUCGGUCUGUCUCCAGACUUAGUGGUGUGCAGAUGCUCAAAUCCUCUUGACACAUCUGUGAAAGACCGGGUACCCUUGCUUUUAGAAGAGCAAGGGGUUGUGGACUACCUUCUUCGGAGAUUUGACCUUCCUGUUGAGAGACAGUCACGGAAGAUGCUGAUAAAGUGGAAGGAGAUGGCAGACAGAUAUGAUCACUUGCUGGAGACCUGCUCUAUCGCUCUUGUGGGCAAAUACACCAAAUUCUCAGACUCGUGUGCCUCUGUAAAAGCUCUAGAGCACUCUGCAUUGGCUAUUAACCACAAGCUGGCGAUCAAGUACAUCGAUUCCACAGACCUGGAGCCGAGCACCCUGCAGGAAGAGCCUGUGCGCUACCAUGAGGCCUGGCAGAAGCUCUGCAGUGCUCAUGGAGUGCUGGUUCCAGGAGGAUUUGGUGUUCGGGGAACAGAAGGAAAAAUUCAAGCAAUUGCCUGGGCUCGGAAACAGAAGAAGCCUUUUUUGGGUGUGUGCUUAGGAAUGCAACUAGCAGUGGUAGAACUUUCGAGAAAUGUGCUGGGAUGGCAGGAUGCCAAUUCUACAGAGUUUGACCCUAAGACUAGUCAUCCUGUGGUCACAGACAUAUCAGAACAUAACCCUGGGCAAAUGGGUGGAACCAAGAGGCUGGGCAAGAGGAGAACCCUGUUCCAGACCAAGAACUCAGUCACGAGGAAACUCCAUGGAGACACAGACUACUUGGAAGAAAGGCACCGCCACCGAUUAGAAGUGAAUCCAGUCCUGAAAAGGUGCUUGGAAGAGCAAGGCUUGAAGUUUGUUGGCCAGGAUGUUGAAGGCGAGAGGAUGGAGAUCGUGGAGCUGGAGGACCAUCUGUUUGUUGUUGGAGUGCAGUAUCACCCCGAGUUCCUGUCCAGGCCUAUCAAGCCCUCCCCACACUACUUUGCCCUCCUGGCCUCUGUGGAGCAGCUCCCACAUUACCUUCAGAAAGGUUGCUGGCUCUCACCCAAGGACACUUACAGUGACAGAAGUGGGAGCAGCUCCCCUGACUCUGAAAUCACUGAACUGAACUUUCCAUCAAUAAGUCAGGACUGA